UUUUUGUAUUUAUAUGUCGAUCUAUAAAAAAGUUCAAUGAGUAAGCACCAAAAGAGGUACAGCCUACAGUAUUUACAACAUGAACUCUUGGACUCUUUAUAAUUCUUAAAAGAAAGGACAAACACACACACACACACACACACAAACACACACACUUCCUGGUAGCCGCACAGUUCUUGGUUUCUCUGUCUGACUGCAGGUCUCUGGCUGAUUCACACUCCUCAGUCCUUAACUUUCAAGGACUGCUUAACGGACUCACUGUUCUGCGACUCUUCCAAAAUAUAUUCAGGAGCUACACGUAAAACCAGCUACUUACAGAGUGAGCUACUGCAACAGAGUGAGCUGAAGGAUUGUCUCCGACGAAGAGUAAAGGGAUUGUUUUUGAAGAAUCUCAUGACAAGUUACAGCAACGGCGGAUUUUUCAACGCUGCUUACCAUGACAGCGACACUCUCGAAGUUGACAGGAGGUAUUCCAGCAAAAGCAACCACACCAACCCCUAUGCCAGGGAAGACCCGACCUGGCGCGGUGACCGGGCAGAGACGCACAACAGGUCCGCCGGUCAGACGACCGGCGGUGAUGAUGCUAUGGCGAGAGUGCCCUGGAGGGGCUGGCAGGGGGAGAGCUGGAGGGGGAUAGAGAGCAUCCCCAUGGGCCUCAUCUCGACGCGCCCUGGAAGCCCUUCAUGGCGGCAUGACCUCAAUCACAGCACAUUUCAAAUCAACCCUGACCCUCAGUAUGAUCGAUCCCCAGCAGUCCGACUUCCUCCGUCAAUGUCAGGUAACACGACGAUGAGAUGGAGGGGAGUCACAAUGAGAAGGAUGAGCAUGUUCCCAGGCAGUGAUCCUUCCAAUCUAGCGUUCACAGAGGAUGCCAUCAGGCACGAGAUGGAGAACGAGGAACAGAACCUGGUCAAGAAACUCGUCGCCCUGUCAACACGAGAGCGAAUACGGGAUAUUCGGGAUCUUCCAAUGAGCUGUGAGGAAAAGAAACAUAUCAGGAGCCAAGUACUGGCGUUCAAGUCCGCCAAGCAAUCUCGCCAGUUCACAUGUUUCACCGAUUGCUCUGAAAAUGUGUCGCUGUUUUUCCGCAGGUGCGGCUACAGCAUCAGGUCGGUCAGGCAGACCCUGGAACUGUGGCAGGGCAUCAUGAAGGAGAUUGGUGGCAAAUUUGGCACCAGUGUGCUGUCCUAUUUCCUGUUCCUCAAGUGGCUGCUCAUGUUCAACAUUUUCUCCUUCCUGGUCAACUUCGGCUUCAUCACCAUCCCGCUGCUCGUUUACGACCCCUUACCCAGCAUACCUCCAAAUGUGAGCUUCAGGGGCCUGGAGAUACUGACUGGAGCUGGUUACUUCAACUACACUGUCAUGUACUAUGGGAGCUACAGCAACGAGACGCUCGUGGGUCUGGUGGAGUACAACAUGCAGCUGGCCUAUUUCUUCACGAUUGCAGUCUACAUGGUGCUGUGUGGAAUUGCACUCAUUUUAAGCAUGGCAAGCUCAUUUAAGACAAACUAUGUACUAGCAGCGCCGGCUUCGAGCGGCGCAUGGCAGCUUUUGUGCAGCUGGGAUUUUAAUAUAACCAAUGAGAGAGCAGUGCGGCAGCGCAAGAACAACCUCCGCGUCCAGCUCAAGGAGUCUUUGUCAGAGAAGGCCCAGAGGGAGCUGCUAACCCUCUCUGAAAAACUGAAGCACUUUGGGGUUUAUCUGGGUUGCUGGCUCCUCUCCACUGGCUUAGCUGUUGGCUGUGGAGCCAGCAUCUACUAUCUCUGCCAAUAUGAACAGCAGAGAGCAGGCGAUGCUGCCGGCCGGUCUCUGCUUCGGGAGGCAGAGACUCUCCUGGUUCCCUUCGUGGUGUCACUGAUGAACCUGGUUGUCCCACUCUUCUACUCCCUCUUCUACAAGUUUGAGCACUACUCCAGCCAGCGGCGACAGAUCUACGCACUCGUAGUCAGGAACGUCUUACUCAGAAUGUCUAUUCUGGCUGUCUUGUGUUAUUACUGGAUGAACGUGGUGGCCAGGACGCAUUCGUGUUGGGAGUCCGUGGUGGGACAGGCUUUGUACCGUCUGGUCAUUUUCGACUUCCUCUUUCUGAUGCUGGGAUCCUUCUUUGGAGAGUUCCUUAGCAAGGUAAUUGGGACCACAUUACUACCGAGUCUGGGGGUUCCAGAGUUCGACAUUGCCAGAAAUGUGCUUGAACUCAUCUAUGCACAGACUCUGGCCUGGAUUGGAAUCUACUUCUCUCCCCUGCUGCCUGCCAUCCAGAUUGUCAAAUUUUUCAUCUUGUUUUACCUGAAGAAGGUCAGCCUGACCCAGAACUGCCAGCCGCCGCGGCGAACCGGCAGGGCGGCUCAGAUGCAAACAACCUUCAUCGCCCUCCUCUUCUUCCCCUUCUUCGUGGGAGCCUUGUCCAUGGUUGCAUACACUGCCUGGAGACUGACUCCCUCAGAGCAGUGUGGUCCUUUCCGGGGACUCAACAACACCUUCAGUGUGGUCGGAGUCUGGAUGGACGACCUGGAGGAGAUCCCUGGUUCUCAGUGGGUCGUCUGGAUCUACCAAAAUGUCAUCAGGAGUGAAAUCUUCUACUUCCUCAUCACACUCAUCAUCCUGGUCAUCAUAUACAUGUUCUGGCAAGUCACCAAGGGCCGCAAGGAGCUUAUUUGUCUACUGAAACAGCAGAUUGUUAAUGAGGGGAAAGACAAGUCCUUCUUGCUGGACAAGCUCCAGAACCUCCAGAAGUCUCAGCCUAACAAACCCAAGCUGAAGAAUCAAAAAAGGCACACCGGACGACGUUCAGGUGACCACCCCUCAGGCGGUCAGUCCGGCUCAAAUGCCAUGUUUCAGGCUUUGCUCGCUCGCCAGCAGCAGGAGGAAGAAGAGAGACGGACCGACGGUGGAGUUCCGGUUCCCUCCGACAUCUCCACCUCCAGCGCCCUGAUGCAGGCCAUGUUGGCCCGUCAGAGAGCCGACGGCCAGGUGGAAGAUUUGUACCAGAUGCCUGAUAAACACCCGUCACCCUCCGGUGCGCUCGCACAGGCCAUGCACAGCAGGCAGAGGGCAGAGGGUCAAGAGAGGGAUGAAUACUACGCCACAGCAGGCUUUUCAGAAAACCCUGUCAGCGGACCCAGCGCCGUCAUGCAGGCGAUGCAAGCCAGGCAGAGAGCGGAGGGAGACACGGCAGACGAUAGGGAUGACCCAACAUCCUCCGUGUCGAGUGUUAUGAUGCAAGUCAUGCAAGCCAGGCAGAGAGCGGAGGAGGAGGAGGAGGAGGAGGGGGACAGGCCUCAGUGGGCCCCUGCUCACCCACAAAACCCAGUUCCCCCAGGCACCAGUGCUCUCAUCCAGGCCAUGUUGGCCCGGCAACAGGCCCAGAACGAGUACGAUGAUGGUUACUGAGCAAAAGGGUCUGAGUUUACCUCGCCGCGGGGAAAGGAACAGAACAGAGAAGAACUACAGAAGAUGUCCGACAUCAGUCAUGUUAUAAUUUUGCUUUAGUCCAUAGAUAUGGUGAUUUAUCCAGAAGUGCAAUACAUUCGAUCUUGCCGUGUACGGAGAAGAACAAAGAUAGCUCAUGUAGCAAAACAGUGAGAGAGUGCAGGUCCACCUAUUUUUUUAUUUUAUUUUAAUAGAUAUAUGUCAAUUGUACAUUUCUAUGACCGUGCAUGAGCUUCUUACAACGUAUAAGUACUGACUAAUUAGCAUAUACUUACGAGGCCUUUUGUGGCCUUUUGUGCCAUGUCAUUUCUGUAUCAUAAACAUAAAUUGUAAAGAGUGUAUAUAUUCCCUGUGAAAUGCAGAUUAUCACCUGAUGCUAAUAAAAAAAUACAUGCAAAAGUA